UGGAAGAGCGUCCGCGGAAAGGGUGAUAAAGAACCGUAAAGUAGUUAAAGCUAAGUGAGGCUAGUUGAUUAGCCAAAUUAAGGAAGUUGAUUAGCCGUGUUGCUAACUCCGACAAAUGUGUUGUUGAAUCAGUUUGUGUCCUUAGUAGGUAAGAUUAGAUUUAAAGAGGCUGCUAGGGGUGCGUGUUUUUCAAAGCUGAAGUCGGUAGUGGAAUUGGCAUGGGUUUACUUGUUUACCGUUAGCCAGAGAGACGGGCAUGUAAACAAAGAGCUCCAGCUGUCCCAAGCGGCAUUUAGCAACAACUCGGCUGACAUUUUUACCCCAGGUGCCCGCUUUUACCGAAACAUCGAAACAAACUGCGAUGGAUUUAAAGACGGCUGUGUUCAACGCAGCCAGGGACGGUAAACUCCGGCUGCUUCAAAAAUUGUUGGAGAACAAAGAUGGACACGAGGUGAUCAAGUUGAUGGGCGAGAAAACAAACGGGGCCACGCCGCUCCUGAUGGCUGCCAGGUACGGACACCUGGACCUGGUGGAGUACCUGCUGGAGUGCUGCAGCGCCCCCGUUGAGGUCGGCGGUUCGGUGAACUUUGACGGGGAGACCAUCGAAGGAGCGCCGCCGCUGUGGGCUGCGUCAGCUGCCGGUCAUCUGAAGGUGGUCCAGUCGCUGCUCGGCCACGGAGCCUCAGUCAACAGCACCACCCUGACCAACUCCACCCCACUGAGGGCAGCCUGUUUCGAUGGACACCUGGAUAUUGUGAAAUACCUGGUGGAACACAAGGCCGACCUGGAGGUGGCCAACAGGCACGGCCACACAUGUCUGAUGAUCUCCUGCUACAAGGGACACAAGGAAAUCGCUCACUACCUGCUAGAGAAAGGGGCUGAUGUCAACAGGAAAAGUGUGAAAGGCAACACAGCACUGCAUGACUGUGCAGAGUCGGGUAGUCUGGAGAUAAUGCGGAUGUUACUGCAGUAUGGUGCAUCCAUGGAGAGGGAUGGUUACGGCAUGACACCUUUGCUCUCUGCCAGUGUCACAGGCCACACAAACAUCGUAGACUACCUGACUACUCACCAGCAGACAAGCCACAUGGAGCGAAUAGAUGCUCUGGAGCUGCUGGGAGCCACGUUCGUGGAUAAGAAGAGAGAUCUGCUUGGAGCUUUAAAGUACUGGAAGAGAGCCAUGGACCUCAGAUAUAUGGACAGUAAUAACAUCAUCCAUAAACCGGAACCCAAGCAGCUGAUCAUGGCAUAUGACUAUGCCAGGGAGGUCACAAAUGGAGAAGAGUUGGACGGACUGAUAUCUGACCCAGAUGAGAUGCGUAUGCAAGCACUGCUUAUCCGUGAAAGAAUCCUCGGUCCACAGCAUCCAGACACUUCUUACUACAUCCGGUACCGUGGUGCUGUCUAUGCAGAUUCAGGAAACUUUGAGCGCUGCAUCAAUCUGUGGAAAUAUGCGUUGGACAUGCAGCAGAGUAACCUGGAUCCUCUGAGCCCCAUGACCGCUUCCAGUCUGCUGUCCUUUGCUGAGCUGUUCUCCUUCAUGCUGCAGGACAGAGCCAAAGGGCUGCUGGGAACCUCUGUAUCAUUUGAAGACUUGAUGGGCAUUCUGUCAAAAAGUGUUCUGGAGAUUGAGCGAGCAGUAAAGCAAAGUGGGCCAAUGCCUCCUGACCCUGCACAGCUCAGCAAAGCACUGUCAAUUAUCCUGCACCUCAUUUGUCUUUUGGAGAAGGUGCCGUGUACUGCAGAUCAGGACCACUUCAAGAAGGAAACCAUCUACAGAUUCCUGAAGCUGCAGCCAUGUGGCAAGAACGGCUAUAGUCCUUUACACUUGGCAGUUGAUCGGAACACGACCUGUGUGGGGCGUUACCCUGUCUGCAAGUUCCCCUCACUCACAGUCACUUCCAUUCUUGUGGAGUGUGGAGCAGAUGUAAAUAGCCGCGAUGAAGAUGAUAACAGCCCCCUCCAUAUAGCUGCAUCGAACGGACACCCUGACAUCAUGAACCUUCUAAUUUCAUACGGAACUCACUUUGACAGCACCAACGCCUUCCAACAGACGGCCUGUGAUCUCCUGGAUGAGAAAGAACUGGCCCGGAACGUCAUCCAACCCAUAAACCACACCACUCUGCAGUGCCUGGCUGCCAGGGCCAUUGUCAAGUACGACCUCGACUACCGGGGUAACAUCCCCGAAAAACUCGAGGCCUUUGUCUUGCUCCACAGAUAAUGACUGUGGGUUAAAAAAAUGGGUGGAGGAGUGGUAGAAACAAAUGGAAUAAAACAGAAAGAGCGUGUUCUAUGCCAAUGUGACUGAGGAGCAUAAUAGUUCAAAGCCCGACCCGAAGUGUGUUUGAUGAGCUGAUUAGACACGAUUACAUGGAUCAUGUUUGCAGUUUCAACCUAAGAGUUUGGACAGAAGAUUUCUUGUGCACAAAAUGUCCUCAUUCAGCCACGAUGGAUUUAAAAAAUGGAGUAGAUGGACCAGUGUUUUUUGUUUUGUAUUUUUCCUCCCUGAUUAAAUUAAUCAGUUGAGUCAAACGUGGCGAUAAAAUCCCAUCCUACAUUGAAUAUACUGGGGAUUGAUUGCAACAUGGAGGUGCAUUGUCAUAUCCCUGGAUGCACUGAGAAUGGGGUUCACUUAUUUUUGAGUUGGGGGGGGAUCCUCCCCCUUUAUAAUCUGCAAUGUUAUUUAUUGAAUAAAAAUGAUGAGAUUUUUCUCCACGCUGACCAUAACUCACCUCCAUGCCUGCUUCACCUCUCAAGAUUGAGGCAUUUCUACAUAUGAUGGGACUUCAGGUUAUUUUGUUUUGUCCUGUCACUGUUGCCAACAGUCAUGAACCCUUUCUCAGUCAUUAUUAUUAUUAUUAUUUUUUUUUUUUUUUUUUUUUUUUUUUUUUGCAAUUUUUGUUCUGUCCAAAUCUAAAUAUUUGGCCAAGUGGUGUGGACUGUAGUGCUUUGACUCAUUUGUUAAAGCUUUAUGAGAAGGGUUUCAUGUCUACGAACACCUUAAGUGCUUUAUUCUUCCUAUGCACAGGCUUGGCUGUUGGAAAGAGAGACUGUUGUGUUCUGCGCUGGCACUUGUUUGUGCAAUAGCUCUCAUGAAUCUCUGUGUUUACCUCAUUGCACCAUUUGCUUCAGUAUCCCUCCGGUUGACACAGAGUGGGGAUAUAAAACCUUUGUAUUGAUUGGUAGAGCGACUGUGAGACAGGAGGUGAGUGCCACAGGGUAUUUUCUUUUAUGCAGUGUUUUUGGAAGAUUUUGAAGCAUGCACAACCGCUACCGCAGCCCAUCUGUCUGUGACUCUUGGCAGUGCACAGGCUUGUUUGCAGAAAUGACCUCUUCCAGUCAUCCACGGCUGCCCUCUGAAUGUCAUUGCUCUUUAAUGAUCUUGAUCAAAAGCAGAUUGAGAGUAGGUUACCAGCAUGGCUUUACUGCGCAUGUACAACAGGAUAUCAGCCAGCCAUUUACUGCAGAAUACCUUUCAUGAGGACUUGAGACUACAAACCUUGUUUACAGCUAGCAUAGUGCUACUCAUUUUGUUAAACUGUCAUCCACUUGUAUUAACAUUGAAGACACAAAAGGGAGGGGGGUGGUUGUCGUACAGAAUAGAAAAGCUUUGUGAUUAUGUUUGCACAUUAGCUUUAGUUGUGUGAGUUAGGAAAAAAAAAGGGCUUUUCAUCUUUUUAACGAUUUCAUAUUGCCGUCAGUUUCAUUAGACAACACAAAACUAGACAUGAAACAUGCUGACUCCCGGGACAAGCUGAGUUGAAUCUGCACUUUAUUACAAAGGAGUUUGAGAUUGGAUAUGACUUUAAUCAAGUUCAUGUCUUAAUACCCAGUUUGACAAUAAACCCAUGUUACACUUGU